AUGGGCUGCUGUCAUGACCGUGAAGUAAAUUAUAACUAGGAACGAGGCCCUGGACAAUACCAAAGGAAAAACCAUAGAAGGGUGAUAUUAAAACGUGACUAUGACCUCGACACUAUGAAAGAUCAAGAGACAAUGAUCAUAAAAGAACAUUCAGACAUAUCCAUGUCAAUUGAAAUAACCGAACCAGAUGAUGAAAAGUACUUACGAGCUCAGCUAGAAGUCUAUAAAGUUAACGGCGAAUGAGGCCAAAUAGCGAAAAUGAUAUCAAAUCGAACAGAAAUAACUGAAGCUAAAAUCUAUAUAAGCUGGGCUGAAAAACCAAAAACGAUUGGAAGCUUAGCAAUUGCUUAUUUAUGCAAAGAAUGCAAAAAUGAUCCAAAAGCCAUUGCACCAUAUGUAGAAAAAGAUUUACCUUUAUUACUGGCAAGCAUAAAGAUGGGAACUGAUGACCUCAGAGAAAAUUCGCUUUUGCUGCUUUUUUACUUUGUGGAUGUAGCUUCAGAAGAGUCAAUUACAAAACUAUUGAAAUUAAAACAAUUUACUAUGAAUUUCCUAUGAAUAAUUGCAUGUUUCACUAAAAGAUAUAUUAAUAUAUCCUUCCUGACUCAUAAAUAUAUAAUAAUAUUAUUCUAGCUAUUUUCUUUAUUUUUUAAAAAUCUCAUUAUUUUUUACGUUAAGUGCCUAUCACCUUAUUCUACAGGCAAAUCAAGGAAAAUCAGUAUAAAUAUAUUCAAUGCUUUGGUAAGAUGGUUUUUAUGCUCCAAAGCUGAGUUAAGACAUAUAUCAGCCGAUAUAUGCGCUAAAAUUUAUAGAGGACGAAGAGCAGCUCAAGAAGCAUUUUUAAAUGAGCAAGGAGCGUUUAAGCUUGUACAAUUAAUUGCAUGAAGCUCAGAUCAAGAAGAUGUUCUUUUAGAUCUGCUUGGAUAUUUGAUUGAUUUAAUGCAGGACGAAAAUGAUGACCCAGUGCUAGAAAAUAUAGGAAAAGUCCACGAAUGUAUGGUAUGGGAUAUUAUAAGGAAUAUUGAUACUACAGAAAAGUCACAAGAACUAAUGGAGCAGCUUGACGCUGUAAUAAGGCUAUUAUCGUUUCAAGGAGGAUAUUCAUAA